GGUCAAAAAUGGAUAUUUCUUGGGAGUCCUCAGAGCAGGUUGGACUAAACGUGGAAAAAGCGUUUCAACACAAGAUUCUGGAGAAAAAUAGGAGAGACGGCCUCAGGAUAGAGUAUGAGAAAAUGAAGUAUGACCUGGGGUUGAGUAAGAAGACUAAACAGGUCGAUGUGUUAAGGAAAGCUAUUUCUGAGCUGCAAAAACUGGAAGAAUCUUACUUAGAAGUGGAACACCUGAACAGAAUGAAUCCCUCAACUCACACUCUACUAUCUCUUCUAGAGGAAAUAAGACAGCUUAACAAAGAGAUCGACAAGCUUGAAGGAGCCUUGAACAUAGACACGGCCCCGGUAAUGGUGAUUUCCCACAAACACGACCCCCUGAUUACAGAGUCUGUUCAGCUAACAGAGCUGGCGAACUACAGUCCAGAAGAAAUAAGGCUACAGGGAGGUUUCCAGCAUCAACCCGCUCAGCUUAACUUCAUCUAGUGGACUGAGUUUUAAUUAUAUGUUAAAUUAAAUUAUUAAAUUAUAUCACAAUCGUUCUGAACUAUAUUUUAUUUUGGUAUUCCUUAAAAUAAUGCCGUAGUUUCAUGCGGUUUUAGUAGCAUUUUUGUGUACUGACAACAUUGUGGCAGGUUUUUAAUCGAGGAUAGGUUUUUGUAAAGUCAUUCCUUACAACCAUCAAAUAAUUAGUGAAUGAUAUUUUGUUUUAUAUUACGAAAUGUGUCUAACUGUUAAACAUAUGAUUUUUUUGUAAUUAUAGGACGUAAAUUAUUAAACAUUAUUUGAAUAAUUAUGAUUAAAUAAUAUUCAAUGUUCAAUCUAAAUAAUCAUAAACAAACAUUUAAUAAAUUCUCAUUCUUAUAUCCAUCGUUAUAUUAUUUAUAUAUUUAUUUAUCAUAUGGCUCAA